CUUCUUCCAUCACACCUCACCUUCAUCAUCAUCUUCCUCCAUCAUCAUCUUCCUCCAUCAUCAUCUGCCUCCAUCAUCAUCUUCCUCCUUCUUCAUCACCUUUUUCCUUUGUCAUGAUCGUCUUCCUCCUUCUCCAUCUUCCUUCAUCGUCAACACUGUCAUCCAUCAUCAACAUCGUCUGCUUCAUCUUCUCAUCUUUCAUUCUUCAUCAUCCUCGCUCACACAUGGACUUCUCACAACACAUUCUCAUGAUGCGCGGCGGGACUCCUUGUGCUUCGGCACUUGGGGGGGGAGCUUGGCGACCUCCUGGGUGGGCAUCAUCUAACACUAACACAUCAACACUCGACAUCACCAACACACAACAUCUUGAAAACACAUUCUGUGGGCGGGCCUUCAGCAGCUUGGCAACCUGCUGGGGGGUACAGGGGAGCUUGCUCCUUGGGCGGGUUUUCAAGACACAUCACCGGCGCCAGGUGGCGCUGGCAGUCCAGUCCGGUCGACACAACAGACAUAUACAGCGGGCAGUGGGCAGUGGGCUUCUGGGGGUCCUCCUCUUGUCAUUGUCAAUCUGGACGGGACAUGACUGAGGGGGGCGGUUCCUCGGUGUUCUUGGUGGCUCUUGAACAUCAAGGGGCUGCGGGGAGGUUGUCCGGGUUCACACUUGUGUUUUCCUGGGCACCUCUCCGCGGUCGUCAACGGCUGCGUUUGUGGGGUUGGCAGAUCUUCUUUCUUGAUCUUCCCGAGUGAUGAAAACACAGCGUCUUCAUUUUA